AUGGGAACACUGCACAUGCCACGCCGCAUCGCGUUAAUUUUUACUCCCAUCGUCAAAAUCGCAUGCCCCCCCCACAAUAAUGACAACAAAAAUUUUCUCCAUACCUUCUCUAUCGAUGGAAUAGCCCAAGAGACACCCGAUUCAGUCCCAGUUGCACUCAACACGGUUUUUUCAGCUACAGGUGGACGCCAGCCUCGACGCUCCUUUGCACCAUCAUUCCGUCUCAAUGCCAGCACUCCUCUGCAAAGAACCACCUCCCUCCCCAGUUCAGUUACUCCUAGUGUAUCCCUCCCAUCAUCUCUUAUGAGCCCCGCUGGAAUUUUACUGGAGCCAUUUCGCUUCAAUCAUAAUCCUCUGCAGUCCUUUCGCCAAAAUGUACAGCAAGCAUUGGCCAUUUCAUCCUCACCACAAAUUAUCAAUCCAGCAGCAUUCGAGCAUACACCUCAUGAUGAAGACAUCGAUGAUUUCCGUUCACAGUCUAUGACACCCGUUAACGAUGAUUUCCUUCUUCCGAAGACACCUGAUCAGUCCAACUAUCCCCCAGAUCCUUCUCACUCAGAUCUGGCGGGCCUUCACCAAUUGGCCGCUACAACACAAGCUACCUUAUCACAGUUCAAGGGGCCUGACACGGAAAGUGUCGAUCUUAAGGCUGCUUCCGUUCUCUCUGAAAAAGUUGCGAAAGCGGUCGACUUUCUUAAGAGCAUUGAGCUUUCCCCCUUCGAUUUCUUUUCUGCCCUGGUCAACCACAGAAACUCGGGGGGUGUUUUCACCGAGUUUCAGCGACAUUUCUUCCGUGAAACAUCGAAGCGGUUUGAGAAGCUGUUGGAUAUCUUUUGGGCAAAUCCGAAGGCAAAGGCAAAUUUUCAGAAUGGAUGCUUCCUCACGCUGUUUCAAUGGUGA